AUGAGACUUCAUAGGGUAUUUCUUUUUGCCUUUAUCGGCAAUGCUAUUGCGGCUGCGGUAGUAGAAAGGGCGAAAGAGACGAAUUGUUCGUUAUCGCCCUCUUUAUGUUCUACUGAGAAGACUUCAUCUACUUCUUCAUCCACUACCGCAUCCACAACUUCAUCCAGCACUUCAUCCAGCACUUCAUCCAGCAGCACCAUCCAAACAACCGGAACCCUCACCGCCGACUUCGCCGCCUCUGCCACCGCCGCCACUGCAACUUGCGGCGCUGGCUUCCUCCCCGAAACCGCCACCAACCAAGCGCGCUCCGUUCUUCAAGCCAACACAACCAGUACCUGCACCACCAUAUCUCCCGGAUGGCCCUGUUUCGGGGUCGGCAUGAUGCCAAGCCAAGAUACGCUUUCGGAUAUAAGUAAUGCAUUUGCUCCUACUCAGUAUCACGGCACCGUUGCCUUUCUAUGCAAUUUGAGCGAGGUACCCAUGACGACGUCGGGGUUCGAUAUCGGUGUGUUGGAUGAUUUAAUAUAUGUGAAGCAUUGUGCGAAUUAUACGCCAGCGGCGCUGAUGAGUCCGGGAGAGUGGGUUUAUGGGUAUUUGGACUGGAACACGGUGCAGACGGUGGGACAGAGUAGUGAGUUGUGUACUCAUGUCAUGAGUCAGGUUGUGGCAUAUCCUAAUCCUAUGUCUUGA